AUGACCGAUGCAAACAUUGUUUUCUGUCCCCAAUGCUUCAUUGAGAGCGACGCCAGCCUAAUCGUGCCGGAUGAGAGCACUAACAGGCGCAUUUGCAUUGAAUUGAGCCGCCGCAUGUCGGAAAACGCAAAUAACCGGACCUCCGUUCCAAGUAAGCUAGCUGAUCCACCCCCCGAUCCAAGUGAAUGUGCCGAAUGCAAGGCUCAGUCAUUUGGCGUGCUGAUGUGCCUGCAUUGUGCGCAGCGACUCUGCUCUGAUUGUCAAAAGAAGCACGUAGCAAUGGUCAUUCGCAAAGUUGCUCAGAAGAUCGUUGGUCUGCGCAAGUCGUCACAUGACCUUGAGGCCAUCCAAAUGAACCUCUUGAUCGAAGACAACAUAGUAACACCUCAAAGAAGUGCUAUAAAUCGCCAAUUGGACAAGGUUGUCGAAGAUCUCGAAUUGACUUGUGACAGGGCCUUCGGUGCCGCGAUUCUAACAAUUACUGAAGCUGCGAAUAAAGUCCAGGAGACGCUACAAAAGGAAUUAACCGAUGUAGCUGAAGUAAAAAAAUUGACGGAAUUUGCAGUGGUCUUGCCAGCUUUAAUCGACGCAGAUGAGGACUCCCUCGAGGAGUUACUGCAGAGAAGGAAUGAGUUGAGGAACGCGCUCAAAAGCUUCCACAAACCGGUCGAACGUCUUGCCACGGUGAACACAGACAAGCUCGCUGUUUCGAAAGUGGCUUUGGAUACGGUGCCUGCGUGGUCAAUAAAGCCGGGCUUUGUGGUGUUAACUCAUAUGGUCGGCACGGAGGUCGGCGUUGGUCACCUGCAAAACAGCUACAGACGCACUUUUCGCAUACCAACAACGGUGAACUACGGUUUGGCUGUAGUCGACCCGAAUACAAAUCGUUCUGCCUCACAAAUCCACGCAUUUGGGCUUAUAAGAAGGCACCUUGAAGACUUCGAUUUUCUGCUGGUGGGGGAGCCGCUAGAUGACACGGAGGCCCAUUCUAAGGAGGUUCCGUCACAAAAGCUCCUCUCGACAUCACCUACUUUCCCACCAAGCUCCCAACCCCUCGCCUCGCCUAAGCAGCUAAACCCCUUCUCAAGUGAACCGUUUAAUUUUGCAUGA